AUGUUCAGUUAUCAGUAUGAAUGUAACCGUACUACUACUACUACUACUACUACUACUACUACUACUACUACUACUACUACUACUACUACUACUACUACUACUACUACUACUACUACUACUACUACUACUACUACUACUACUACUAAUAAUAAUAAUAAUAAUAAUAAUAAUAAUAAUAAUAGUUAUAUACGGGCAUAUAUGGACAUCCAUAACAGAAAAUAA